AUGUCAACGCCAUCGGCGUCGCGGAAGAAGGCAGGCGCCGGGCGCCCGGAGGGCGCGGCGAACCAGCAUGCCCGCGCCUCCUCCACGGCUUCCCCGGCGUCGGCUCGAAGCACCGGCGGUCUCGCGGAGUCCUCAGCCACGGGCGAGUAUGAGGAGCUCGUCGCAGGUCUCCUGCCGCCACAGGUGCGGUUUGCGGCUGGCACGUUCGACUUCAAUCAAGAUCUUCAGAGUCAGCAGUUCGUCGAGCAUCAGGCUCAAAACGCGCAGGGGUCGCGCAUGCUCGCCUCCGAGUGGGUACCGACGCUCCAUGCCCUCCAGCGCUUCGCUCUCGAGGGCGUGGGCUCGGGAUCUGCCUCUUCGUUUGCGGACAGAGUCCUCUCUGCGUGGCUGAAUCUGCCUCCGCCGACAUCGCAGAAGAGCGCCGACGUGGAGAAGGAGGGCGAAGCGCCCAAGGACGAGAAAAACGACGCACGCGAGGUCGCUGAGCGACAUCUCUUUUCCAAGUGUUUGCAGGCUCUGGAGGAAGACCUCGCUGCGUUGGCAGGCGACGAGGGUGAAGGCGACGCCCGAUCGACAGCAGCAGCUGAGGGAGGCAAGAGUAAGACUUCGACAUCGCGCGUCCUCGCACAGCUCCAGAAGGCCCGGCUCUUUCAGCGAGGGGGGAGGCUUUUCACCUCGCUCAACGCUGACGAGGAUGCGAUCUACACGUCCAGCGAUGACGAGGUGUCGGCUGUCGCGGGAGACGCCAAAGACGCCUCCGGCCUUUUCCCCAAGGAACCGAGUCGACACGACGCCUCCGUCCUCCCUCUUCGGCACGCCCUCCGCUCGCUGCGAAGAGUUCAGCGCCGCCGCAUGCAGGCUGAGCACUUGCUUCUGCAGUGGCAGGGCAGCGACGGAGAUUUGGCCGGCCUGCAAACAGUUCUGAGUCUCUGGGCGAAGGACGGAAUCUACUCUGUGGCGGCGGGCGUCGCUACAGAAGCUGAGAGGUCCGCGGCGUCCGGCGGGGUGGGCGGCGCUGGGGUUACGGGCGACGCAGCGAACAGUCGAGACUGGGCGCACGCAGCUGAGGAGCUUCGCCGCAUUGCGCGCUUCCGCGAGGAGAACAAGGCUCCGCGGCGCGAGCUGAGAGAGUGGAGGGCGGCCGCGCGGAGUCUCUUUGGCGACGACGCUUCGACGGCUGGGCUGGAGACAGCGCUCGCCUCUUUUUUGCCUGCGGACCGAGCCUGCAGCCUGAGCGCCGAUGUGUUCACAGCUGCGCAGGCCCUAGUUGAUGCGGAUGAGAGGCGCCUUGUGCUCGCCCGGCUGGACAAGUUCCGGGCCCUGCGUCAGCAGACGCGGGGGGGGCACAGGCUUGCCACGCGAAGGAGGUGA